AUGCAUUACGAAGAAGACUCGAAUGAAAAUGCAAAUUUGCAGCAAAACCAAAGUAGAAAAAAUAAUGUUCCAAAAUCAGCUGCUAAACCUAAAGUACCUUUAACAUAUAGUCCCGUCGUAAAUAAAAAAUACGAACCAACAGCGACACUUGAUAAAGACGAAUGGCAUGACGUGAUGGCUACCAUUAAUCACUUCGAUAGAAUCGGAAUAACAAGGACGCAGCAAUACUGUACUGAUUUAAUGAAUGGAUACCGCGAAUGGCAUAAAUCAUCUGAAGAUACUAUUCCAAAACAAAUAGUAGAAAAGAUUUUUAUCCCUUUUAAUAUUUCUCAUGAUAAAGAAAUCGAGUCUCAAAAACAACAUCAUCAUUCACAAGUGCAAAAUCUCAAAUCCAAGUAUGAAGCAGAAUUAUAUGAAUCACGUGAGAAAAUUCAAAAACUAGAAGAGGAAUUAGACACCCUAACACAUGAAACCAAAUCUGCGAAAGAAGAAACGUCACGAUUGCAAAAUCUCAAAGCCGAAUAUGAAACAGCAUUACAAGAAUCACGUGGAAAAAUUCAAGAAUUAGAGGAGGAGCGGAAAAUCACUGAUGAAAAAUACGAAAACGAGGUAAUCAAUCUCUUACAAUCUUUAAAUGAAACUGAGAAAAAAUAUCAAGACGCAUUGGAGUUUGAAAAGCGAAAAUUCACAAAUGAUUUCAAAUCUGAAAAACAAAAAAUCAUUACAGAUUUCAACUCAAAAUUUGAGUCUGAAAAACAAAGAUUUAUCAAUAAUUAUAAAGAAAAAUUGCAAAAACUGAACGAGCAAGCGCAAAAUCUCAAAUUCAAGCAUGAAACAGAGUUACAAGAAUCACGUGGGAGAAUUCAAGUACUAAAAGAAGAACUUAAAAUCACCAAAGAGAAAUAUGAAACCGAAGUAUUCAAACGGACUAAUCUCUUACGAUCCUUAAAUGAAACUGAGAAAAUAUAUCAAGAUGCUUUGGAGUUUGAUAAGCAAAAAUCCACAAAUGAUUUUGAAACCAAGUAUGAAACGGAAUUACAAAAUUCACGUGAGAGAAUUCAAGAAUUAGAAGAGGAACGGAAAAUCACUUUGUCGGCAUUAAAAAAUUUACAAUACGAAGAUAACCUAACGCAUGAAACCAAAUCUGCGAAAAAAGAAACGUCACGAUUGCAAUCGGCACUUGAUGUUCAAUGGAAUAACGACGAUAUAAGUAAUCCAUUGCAACUAACUAAAGAUAUUGACAAAAUACAAGCUUUAUUGAACAAUGUAACAAAAGUGAAACCAAAAACCCUAAUACGUAUCAACGAAUCAACUAGCAAAGGUCUUUUUAACGGAUUCCACAUUCAAAAUAUUAUGGAGGAAAGAACCUACAAAAUAGCAUUGAGUUGUGCUUUACAGCGUAUAAUCAUUGAUGAAAUCAUUGAUGUUAUUGCAGAUUUGCCUUCCACUAUCGACAGCGCAGCUCCAAUUCAUGAUGGAAAUCUCGAAGCAUUUAUUUGCUACCACUUGGAUAAAUUAGUUUUUUUAAUGGAUAAUUUAGCCGACAAUCGUUCCGGUGACGAUGAAACCACAAUUAUCGCACCAACAAAAAUUCGGCAACAAGUAUUCGCUUCGUUAGGGUCACGUGGUUACAGCAAACCCAAUCAUCCGAUAAUUGAUUGGCUCACGAGAGAAUUACUAAAGAAAAUGGAUAACUAUCGCGAAGUACUUUCCGAGGAACGAAAAAAGCUUUUAAAUGAUCAAGUUGCUGAGGUUGUAGUUGAACUAAUACGUUUACGUUUUCGAUUACAUGCUCAAGACCCAAUACCUGAUAUCCGAUGGGUUGAAAGUGGAAAGAGUAUCUGUGGCGGGUUUAUGCAGGGACCUUGGGAUAUAGAAGAUAGUCAGAAUGUCGUGGUGGAUUUUUGUUAUUUUCCCGCGAUAGGUACAGAUCUUGACGAUGAUACAAAUCGAUGUGUUUAUUGUAAAGCUCAAGUUUUAGUCAGACCAAAAAAAAGCAUGGAUAAAUUUUCUUAUCGUUAUGCAUGUAAGUAA